UUCUAAAGUAGGAAGUCGGUCAAACGUUGACCUUAUUUAUUAUUCCUAUGGAACGUCUCAGUUACGGUUUCAUUUAACACUUUAAAAAAUAAGUAACGAUAUUUAUUUAUUUAUUUAUCGUAAUUAAAAGUGAAAUAAAAGCGUAUUUGCAAAUUUGCAAUUCGCUGAUUGAAUACGUCACAACGCCAUGUUGUAUUCCUGCGCUGAUUGCAGGCACGAGAAAUCUGCCAACCCGUGUAUUUUUGGGAAUUAAAUCCUUAUACUUAGUCGGAUUGCGAUUUUAUACCAAAAUAUAUUUUAAAUUACAUUUAUUGGCAUAUUUUACACAAUUAGUGAAAUUAAUACAUGCCAAUUGUCGCAUUUUAAGUGCUAACUCCUAAUACCAAAUUGCAUUUAAGUCAAUUUAAGUGCAUCCGCGAAAGUUGAAACAAUUGUGUUGUACAAGAAAGAAGUGAUAAGCGGCCAAAUUCCGGCUCCACGUGCAGCCGGAACCCUGGAUUCUCUCUAUUCGUGUCCUCUAGAGGGGACAUGAAUAAUAAACGGAAGAGUCGCCAAGGACCACCGAGGUCACCACGUGGUCGCGUGGUGGCCGAGGGAGUUUACAACAACGCGCAUUUCAUGCACGCUGCCACAUCACUCGUUGGCGACACCGUUCAAGUUUUAACGCAAUCAGGAUGCCUCUGGGAGGGAGUUUUCAAAACGUUCAGUGCUCAAUUUGAGGUGGUAUUAGAAGUGGCUCACCGCGUCGACCAAGAAGGAGUCGUAGCUGUGGACUCCGUUGUGAAGAAACUGAUCUUCAAGCCCCAGGAUGUUGUAUACAUCAGGGCCAAGGACUCUGACCUUGAAUAUGCGACACACGACGUUUUCCAAACAGACACAGCUAUAUCUAGCAAAUUUAAUGGCAACGGUCGUUCCCUGGAGGAGCGCCACCUAGAGCCGUGGGACGGCUGCGACGGCGACUCCGCCGAAGCGCCCUCGGUCAACGGCGACGUGCGCCUCGACGACCUCGAGCAGCUCGACCACUGCGCCAACGGCUGGGACGCCAACGACAUGUUCCGCAAGAACGAGGAGGUGUACGGCGUCCACAGCACGUACGACCACUCGCUCACCGGAUACACGGUCCAGCUGCAGAGGAAGGACACGCAAGACUAUCGCGAAGCGGAGGCUAAGGCGGAAGAGAUCGCUGCAGAAAUUGAAAGCGCGGCUUCGUAUAAAGCGCGCAUCGAACUGGAGAACGGCGACGAAGAGGAGAGGUUCGCGGCCGUGCUGCGGCCCCAGGACAGCAGCAGUUCUACCGGAAAAUACGUUAUACCGAACAAGAGAAAAAAUAUGCAGGUGAGUAUGGGCGGCAAGCUGGUGAAGCCAUCGGGCCCCAACAACAACAACAGCAACAACAACGGAGGCGGCAGCAGCGGGACCGCGGCGGCGCCCGGGCCCUCGCCCCGCGCGCCGCCCCCCUCCCCGCCCAAGGACAAGGAGCAGCGGCCGCGCAACCACGUGACGCCGCCGCGGCACGACGACGCGCCGCCGGCGCCCAGCCCCGCGGCGGCCGGCGGGAAGAGCUACGCGGCGCAGGCCGGCGGCUACCACGUGCCGCCCUUCGCGCCGCACCACCACCAGAAUAGUCCAAAUAACGGGAGCUCUGGCAGCGGUAAAGUGAACGGAGAACCCCGGGCGCCCCCGCAGCAUCCCAGGCAGAGCUUCCCACAGCAGCACCAUCAUCACAACGCGGCGGCGAGCACGGAGCCGCACCCGCGCCCGCCGCGCCACCAGCACGCGCCCGAGCCGCGCCGACAGGACGAAGUGCAGGAACUUCGUAAGUUUGGUCAAGAAUUCAAGUUGGUGUCUUCCCCCGCUCCCCCCGCGCAGCCCGCCCUCCCCGCCGCCCUCCCCACCGCCCUCUCGGCCGCCACGCAUCCGCAACAUAACCCACAGCCUGCGGUUCAACAAGUACAACAGGUUCAGCAAGUCCAACAACAGGUUCAGCAAGUACAACAACAAGUACAGCAAGUACAACAACAAGUGCAGCAAGUUGUUGUGCAGCAAGCGUCCCACCGCGCGUGCUCGCCGCCGGAGGUGUCCGCGAUGUCCGGCGCUCCUCCCGAACACCACAAGCGGCCUCCGCCCCACCAGACGCCUCCUGCACAUCAUAAUAAGUCUGUCUCUACACAACAACAAACGCAACAGCAGCAGACUGAGAGUGGCUCAGAGCGAGAGAGUCCGGCAGCUGUCUCCCCCGGAGUGGCUCUCACCCUCAAGAAGUCUACCCUCAACCCCAACGCGAAGGAAUUCAACCCUGCAGUCAAAACUUUCACGCCAAGGUCUCCAACCACGCCCACACCUAGCCGGCCACACACGCCGGGCACGCCGUCGGGCGUGGGGCUGUCGGGAGUGAGCGUGAUGGGCCCGGGGCUGGGCUACGUGCCCGCCGCACACCCCGGACCCCCGCACAUGGUUGCAGCCGUGCCCUACGCGAUGGUUGCCACCCAGCAGCCUCCCACGUAUCUCCCGCACCCGCAUCCAGCGAUGGAGCUGAGCUGCGAUUGCCGUCAGUACGGGCCGCCCAUAUUCGUGGUGCCGGACAAGCGCGACCGCCCCGACGCGCUGGCGUAUGGAGCGGCAAUGGGAGGCGGGGCCGGGGUGGCAGCCGGCGCCGGCCAGCACGCGCCCAUACCCACACAGCAGCAGAGAAACUUCAGAAAGAUGGGCGUCGGCUCCGGCAUGCAGGUCGCAGCGGCCACCGGCCAGCCCCUGCUGACCCCGGCGCCCAUGCAGCCCUUCAUGCCGUACCCGCACCCGCCACCGCAUCCGCAGCCGGCCAUCUCCUACCAGCACAUGGUCCGGCUGUACCCUGGCGGCGGAGAGGGCGCGGGCUACACGAGCGCGCCUCCCCCCGCCGCGGCCUCCCCCGCGCUGUACCCGCCCCCCUCGCCCGCGCACACGCCGCACCCACAUCCCCACCACCACUACCAGCAACAGUUUCCGGUGCUGUGCCCGGUGAUGGGUCCUGGCGGCAGCACGUCCCACCAUCACCACCACCACCACCCCCAUCUGACGUAUCUCAACCACGCGCCGCCGACCGCCUCGCCGCCGCAGCCACACCCUCACGCUCUACAGGGGGUGUUGCUGCCGCCCCACCCCGCCGGGUCGACGACCCCCGCCCUGCACCCCCCCUCGCACCCGUAACCCCGCCGCACCUCGGCCCUGCCCCUGCUGUACACCGCGCCCAGGGGUGACGUCACCGCCACCUACACCAUAGACUACAUGGAACGAUUCUUUGACGUCAUCAUACUGCGCUUCGCCAGAUCAGUGAAGUUGGUGAACGACAAGUGAACCGCCUCAGAACUACUAUACAAGUGUUCGGUCCAAUUUGGUACAGAUUCAAAUUCAGCUGUGAGUUUUUGAAAAGUGAGUUUCUUGAUGAUGAUGAUACUUGGAGAAACACGCACAGACUUACCGUGAGCAUGAACAAAACGAAAAUGAAGAAAUGAACACUUCAGUGUUUUCGGACUAAUGAACAAAUUAUAGCAACAACACUGUGCUCGAAGGAUACAAAAAACUUGAUAGUUAAAUGAAGACAGUUCUGAAAAACAACUAUUAUUAGCCAUGACUGUGAAAAAAUGUGAUUAUGAUAAAAAAACAAAUCGUAAUCGAACGUUUUUGUACGUUUCCGAACAUUAGACUUUCAUUCCGCUGAUGAAUUAGAGACCUUUAAAAUUUUAAUAGAAAAAUAAUCGAAAAUAUUUCGGAUACUGAACACCAAUGAACGUCAGUGCAUUGUGUGAUCUUACUAAUACGAUUCUAUUGUGUUGGCAACACUAACGUAGUCGAGUGUUGUCAGAUGUGAAAAAAAAAACUUAGUAUAAAGGCGGGGGCAAAGUGGGGUAUUAAUGUAAUUAUUGUAAAUGAGUAAUGUGUAUGAUUGUUUUUUUUUUAAAUCCUGUAUAAGCGUAGCAUCGGAUUUGGGAAUGUGAUGUGACUAUGUGUGUUGUUGUUAAGAAUUCCUAUGUAUUAUAUAAAUUACUAAAUUUUAAUUGCACUCGCAUUGAAAUUGUGUGAAUUGUUGAACGAAGAAACAAUUGAUGAAAAAUAUUUAUUGGAAAAGUUGCCUUAUAUUUAACGGGAAGUCGCGGAAGAUAGUUUUGUUGUGUUUAGAUAACGUUUGUCGCGAUAUAUUGAUGGGAUUCCUAGAUGCUUGAUGCGUUGCUGUCAAUGUGACAUGGACAUUGACAAUAAUUGAGAGUUUAUUUUUCAUGAUUUUCACAAUUUCUAGUGUACGUGUUAAUGUUUUUUUUUUUUUGUAACUCUUCAUCGCUGCUUCGUCGUUGCGAUUUUAGAGUUGUAUUUAUUUGAAAGAAAAAAAAAGAAGUUUUUAAUUGUUGAUACACUCCGCGAUGAACGAUGCUAAUUUUGGGUCAAUUACGGUUAAAUAGUUUGAAUCGAAGUUUCAUGUAAUGCAUUUACUGUGUUGUAACGUCUCGUGGCGGGCAGCAGUGCUCGAGGAGGGUUGGGGGGGUGUUCGCUGCCUUGUGACGUCAUCGCGGGCAGUAACGCGACUUAUAUACGUCAACGAAUUAUUAUUUUUCUAUAUUGAUUACCGCGCUCUAAUUCUGCUUGGACGUGCUUAGAAGGAUAGAGAUAUUGUCGCGUGGACUAUAAAACUAUUCCUCGAUUCUGCUCGGUUGUGUAUGCAUAAUAUAUUUUGGUGCAAAGUGUAUGUAUAAUUUUAUUGGUAUGCGUCUAUUAUUGCUUCAUAGAGUGUUUGUUUAGAGCAGUGGGCAGAUGCCUUUGUCACGAAUGAAAUGCGCACUCAACGCAUAUUCUAACGUGCGUGCUGUGAGCAAUAUAAUAUAGUUAUUAGACGCCGCCAUUAUUUUUUUAUUUAUUGCUUAUAUAGGUGAACGAGCUCACAGCCCACCUGGUGUUAAGUGGUUACUG